CUCUUCCCCUCGACAGAAGCCCCCAAAUCCGAUACCUUCCCCUAUCCACCUCGAGUCCCUUCCUUCCUUAGCGGCGGCGCGAAGGCGGCGGAGCCAUGGGCGGAGUCGGCGAAGGUGACGCGUGGGCGGAUCAGGAGCAGGGCAACGGCGGGGGCAGCCGUGGUGUUGGCGGUGGCGGCGGCGAGGCGAAGCGGUCGGAGAUCUACACGUACGAGGCCGCCUGGCACAUCUACGCGAUGAACUGGAGCGUGCGGCGCGAUAAGAAAUACCGCCUUGCCAUCGCCAGCCUUCUCGAGCAGGUCACCAACCGCGUCGAGGUCGUCCAGCUCGAUGAGGCCUCGGGUGACAUCGCCCCCGUCCUCACCUUCGACCAUCAGUACCCGCCCACCAAGACCAUGUUCAUGCCGGACCCGCACGCGCUCCGCCCCGACCUGCUCGCCACCUCCGCCGACCACCUGCGCAUCUGGCGCAUCCCGUCCUCCGACGACGCCGAGGACGGCGCCGCCUCCGCCAACAACAACAACGGCUCCGUCCGCUGCAACGGCACCCAGCAGCCGGGCAUCGAGCUACGCUCCGAGCUCAACGGCAACCGCAACAGCGACUACUGCGGGCCGCUCACCUCCUUCGACUGGAACGACGCCGAUCCGCGCCGCAUCGGUACCUCCUCCAUCGACACCACCUGCACAAUCUGGGACGUCGAGCGCGAGGCCGUUGACACCCAGCUCAUCGCCCACGACAAGGAGGUCUACGACAUCGCCUGGGGCGGCGCGGGGGUCUUUGCCUCCGUCUCCGCCGACGGCUCUGUUCGCGUCUUUGAUUUACGGGACAAGGAGCACUCCACAAUCAUUUAUGAGUCUGGUUCAGGUGGCAGCAGCGGCGGCGGUUCCAACUCUGGCGCCGGAGAUGGUGGGACUGCGUCCCCGACACCACUCGUGAGGUUGGGCUGGAACAAGCAGGACCCAAGGUACAUGGCCACCAUCAUCAUGGACAGCCCCAAGGUGGUUGUGCUUGAUAUCCGCUACCCAACACUGCCAGUGGUAGAGCUACACCGUCACCAUGCCCCUGUCAAUGCCAUUGCGUGGGCACCUCACUCUUCUUGCCACAUCUGCACAGCUGGGGAUGACAUGCAGGCACUGAUAUGGGAUUUGUCGUCUAUGGGAACUGGUAGCAAUGGCAGUGGCAAUGGGAAUGGUAACACAGCCGCUGGAGCAGCAGCAGAGGGCGGUCUUGAUCCCAUUUUGGCAUAUACAGCAGGGGCAGAGAUUGAGCAGUUGCAGUGGUCGGCGACCCAGCCUGACUGGGUUGCAAUCGCAUUCGCCAAUAAGCUUCAGAUUCUCAGGGUCUGAUUUCCUAGUUCCACCCUGUUUCAGUGAGGAGUAAAAAAUGCUAAACUUGGAUAAUGAGCUGAUGCCCGGAGGAUAAUCUUGCAAUUGCUUUACUGUUGCUUAUUUAUGUUGUGGACAACUGAUAUUCAUGGCGGGUUAGUUCUAGAAAUAGAACAGAAGACUUUCUAGUUAGAAGCUGAAUUGUCAAUGAAUUUGGUUUGUAGAGUAAGGAACUGCUCUGGUGUUAGCGAUGGUGAUAAUGGGAACUGAAUUUAGUUUGUUCUUGGUGCUCGAAUUCUGCACGGUAGCAUGUAGAUUCAUAUCUUAACUUGCUUAUUGAAAAUGCAAUGGUCAUAUGUGCCCUAUAACUGAUAAU